GACCUGAGGCAGCUCGGAGGUGGUGAACAAAAAAUGGGAAGGAAACGGAACAGAAAGAGUAAAAAAGUCAAAGAGGCAGAACCUGAAGAAUUUGUGGUGGAAAAAGUGCUGGAUCGACGUGUAGUGAAUGGGAAGGUGGAGUAUUUUCUGAAGUGGAAGGGAUUCACAGAUGCUGCUAAUACUUGGGAACCUGAAGGAAAUUUAGAUUGUCCAAAAUUAAUUGAAGCAUUUCUUAAUUCUCAAAAAGCUGGCAAAGAAAAAGAUGGUACAAAAAGAAAAUCUUUAUUUGACAGCGAAUGUAAUGACGGCAAAUCUAAGAAGAAAAGGGAUGCUGCUGACAAACCAAGAGGCUUUGCCAGAGGUCUUGAUCCUAAACAAAUAAUUGGUGCCACAGACAGCAGUGGAGAAUUAUCGUUUCUCAUGAAGUGGAAAGGUUCAGAUGAGGCAGACUCGGUGCCAGCAAAAGAGGCAAACAUGAAGUGCCCUCAAAUUGUAAUUGCAUUUUAUGAAGAGAGACUAGCUUGGCAUUCUUGUCUAGUAGAUGAAGCUCAACAAUUGUGUUGCUUUUUAUAUAUUUACAUAUAUAUAAAAUCUGGGUCUUGGUUUUUUGAUUUAUUAAUGUGAAGAAUAACUACAUUCUAAUGGAAAUCAAGUUUGACAUGUUUGUUUUGAAGUAGUACUGGGAGUUGUUGAAGUUUUUUGGGUUUUGCUGCUGUUGUUUUAUUGUAUCAAUAGCACUGGUUACUUUGAACAAAUAAAUAAAAGCUUUCUGCAGUUGCUCCAUUUAUCAGAAAAGAACAUUUGAUACCAUGGUAUAUUAUUUCCUCUGCAUUAGAGAAUAGCUUUUCUAAAUAUUGGAAAAAUUUACAUAGUCGUUACUGAAUCAGAACUUGUGUUCAACCCAUGAUGUAUGCCUAAGGACCAUUCUGGGUUUUUUGUUUGUUCUUGUGUGUGUGCGUAAAUACAUCUGUAAAUUUUAUUUUAUUUUAUAUUCACCAAAAACAAAACUAAAGAAAAAUGGUAUUUUACAACCAUGGGUAAGUCCAUGU